UGAAAGGCCAAAUGUAUGGGAACCCCAAAUAAAUACAACAUAAAAUGUAAAAGCAUUCCAAUUACUUUACAGAUUGUGAACGUGUCACGGUUAGAUGGUGUUGAUAACCCCGUGGAGCUGAUCUAUUUUGUGGAGGAUCAAGAUGGAGAGAGGUUCAGUGCUUUGAAGUGCUCAGACCUGAUGAACCGAGUAGACAUCCAGCGCGCUGCAAUCAUUCUCGGAUACCGCAUUGAAGGCACUGUUGCACAGCCUGUGGAAAAGCUGAAGGAGUCCUCCUCAGAGGCACAGAACAGCAACCUAUGGAUUAUUGUUGGAGUGGCAGUCCCAGUUGCUGUGGUGCUCCUGAUCGUUAUUAUUUUAUAUUGGAAACUUUGUCGAACAGACAAGCUGGAGUUUCAGCCAGACACAAUAAGCAACAUUCAGCAGCGACAGAAGGUAAAAGGGGAAGCUGUGCUGGGAGGAGGUCGUUGAGUAUUCUGAGCAUAA